UCGACAAUAGUGAAAUGCGCGUCCAUCAAGCCACCCGAUGAGAGCACAUUGCAGGGCUGUAAGCCUCAUCUUGAUGACUGGGUGAUGCCGAAUGUCUGACUGUUGACCCAGUUAUUUGCUAUACUGGUCAUUCGCUCCGUUCAAUUGGCCCAGAGGGGCGACUUGCAGUCUCAUUCAAGUGUAGGGAGUUGCUGCCACCCGUUCAAUUACUCAAUUUGUAUCUCUACAGCCGCAUACGUUCAUAUUGCACGUUUCUGGACCGAAUCACCCGCAUUCGGGUCAGCUGCGAACCUCGUAUACCAAGGAUCACAAGGCCAGCGCAGCGACAGGCCAGGUGGACUGCAUUUGGCGCGUGCCGAGGCCAUUUCGCCCAGUUGCAGUCUCGGCUGCUCGUCAGAACCAGCUGCGAAGCGAAAUCCAAAAGUGACAAACUUCUUCGCGGCUUGGCCCGGCCCGCGGUAGUGAAGUUUCAAUUAACUUGUCAUGGCGCUCCCAAGUCGCACCAAUGUUGUCUGCUGCUUCUAUAAUAUAUCCCACGGUUGCUCAAGGGGUGACGAGUGCCGGUUCGUCCAUGACAGUACGACAAAAGCGCACACCGCCGUAUUGUCAACUGCCAUGUCAGGGCAAGAGAUGACAACGCCACCAGUCUCUACAAAACCGGCAACGAUCUUGGAUCCUCUGUCUCCGAAAGCUCAACGACCAUGCAAAUGGUUCCAAGCUGGGUACUGCCGCAGAGGCCAGGAGUGUUGGUUCGCCCAUAUCUCCUCGCCAGAAGGAUCCAAUCCGGAGGGACAAAAUGCUCAAAUUCAAGCAUCAAGGAGCGGAGCAAAGAAGGCGUCGGAGCCCGCGGCUUGCACUUCUUCGAGCGAAGCGGUCAAGCAAGGCAUUGCAUCUAAUAAAGUUGCGGAGGAUGGGCCUAUAUGCGGCAUCUGCUUGGAAGUCCCCAGCUCCUUUGGCUUAUUAGAGAAAUGUUCGCACCCAUUCUGCCUCGGUUGUCUACGAUCUUGGCGCAGGGGAAAGGAGAGAGGCGAAGGGCCCGAGGCGAAUGCCAUUCACAAGACUUGCCCCAUUUGCAGAGCUCGUAGCUUUUUCAUCGUCCCUUCCAACGUCUUCGUUCCCGCAGGCGCGGAAAAGGACCGCAUCGUUGCUCGCUAUAGAGAGCAUCUUGUGAGGACGCCAUGCCGAAAUUUCGAGCGCACCAAGUAUUCUCAAAAUCACCCUUACUGUGCAUUUGGAGAUGAAUGUUUCUACGGACAUCGGAUCGGCGACAAGCCAUACAAAUUCCACAUGAACGCAGUGGAGAUCCGUCGGUGGAAUCGGUCCCUUACGAGGGGCCAGUCUCGGCGAUCACAUACAUACGACAAUUUCUUUAGCGAUGAUGACGACCUUGCGACUUUCAUGACUCACAUUCAUCCUCGCCUGGAUGACCUUACUCGCGCCCUGCAUGAGUUCGCUGAAGACUAUGAUUCAUACUUGGGCAACGACGAUGACGGCUACUUUGGCAGCGAUGACGAAGUCGGAUGGACGAGUCAUUUUGAUGACGAAGAUGAACUCGACCGCGUACUUGAUUUCUCCCGCAUCGCUUUUUGAAGUCUACCUGUUGCCGAAUCACAGGACAAGCUCGGCGACAAUUGCCCCUCCGUCACCCUUCACAGUUCACAUGAGAUUCAGCGAGCAGCGCAUAUUUGUAGCAUACAUAGCCUUUGUUCUCAAGCACAUG